AUGAGGGCCAUCAUCCUCCUGAUCACACUGGAUGUACUUGGCGUCUCCAGUGUGAUGAUGGAUAAGAGUCUCAAAAAGAAGAUUGAAGGGAAUUGGAGAACUGUUUACUUAGCUUCCAGUACCAUAGAGAAGAUAAGUGAAGGCUCACCCUUGAGAACCUAUUUCCGUCGCAUUGAGUGUGUGAAGAAAUGCAAGGAAAUCUACCUCUAUUUUUAUAUCAAGAGAAGGGCCAAGUGCCAACAGUAUAAAAUCAUAGGAAAAAGAAAACAAGAAUUUUACCAGGCAAAAUAUGAAGGGAAAACGACAUUCAUGGUAAAGAUGGUGAAUGAGAAGAUAUUGCUGUUUCAUUAUUUUAACAAGGACAAGAGAAACAAAGUCACACGUGUGGCUGGAAUUUUGGCAAAAUCCAAACAACUGACUAAGGAUGAGAUGACGCAGUACAUGGACUUCGUGGAGGAAAUUGGCAUUGAAGAUGAGAACGUACAACGUGUCAUGGACACAGACACCUGUCCAGACAAGAUCAGGGCUAGGUGA